UCUCUGUUUAUGUGCUGUGGCCUGCUGAAAAGAAAAAGGGAUGUGAAAGAGGGGCAAAUACGCAAUGCAAGGAUUAUGCCAGAAGGGCUGACGUGUGGAGGCUGCAAGAAAUGUCCAGGUGACAAAAAAGGCUUUGGAGCUACAAGGAAAGAGGCAGCAGGGCUGUUGUGAGGAGCGAGGGGAACACUGGUAACAAGUGAUCGAUCGCGAGGAAACAGAGUCUUAACCCUGACUUUUCCCUCACUAGGGAAAACACCAUGGUUGUGCCACUGGUCAAAGGAGAGAGAUGCAGCUCAGGGUAGACCAGGAGGGGGUAAAUGAAAGAGAGCUAAUUUAAAUGAAUGCAGGUCUCCGUGUCCAGAUGAACAAAUGCCAGGGCACCAAAGAAACCAAUGGAAGGGGUUGUAGAACUGCUAACUGUAAUUGUGGAGGACUCCCGGAGGUCUGGCGAGGUCCCAAAGGCUGGAGAAGAGCGAAGGUUGCCCCCCCUUUCGAAAAGAGGAGCCAGGAAAAUAUGGGUCUGUUAGCUGGGUGUGUCCCCUUGACAACGUCCUCAGACGAUGGAUGAGAAGGGGCCUUUGGUGGGAUGCAAUUAGCGGAUGCGCUAGCAGGCACCCAGAGUCCAGAGCACUGGAGCAGUUGUCCCACCCCAGUCCGACUUGCUCAGGCCCCACUUGGACUUCUGUGUCCAAUUCUGGCCCUCCAGCCUAAGCGGGACGUUGACAAACUGGAGUGUGUUCAGAGGACGGCUAUCAAUGCGGUGAAGGCUCUGGAAACCAAAUCUGGCAACGGUGAAGGAAUGAAGGAAGUGGGUAAGUUGAGCGUGCCAAAGAGAAGGCUGGGAGAGGCACAGAGCCCCUUCAGAGAUGUAAGGCCAGGGAAGCGGACUCAGGCUGGACCCCAGGAGGGUCUUACUCCUGGAGGUGCUACCAACCAGCUGAGUGAGCUGCCUCUUGAGGUCCCUUCUCCGGAGCUCUUCACACUGAGCAGUGCAGGACUAGAUGACCUCCGGGGAUGGUCUGUAUGCUGCAUUUUCACCAUGGGGUUUCGGAGGCCAUCUGGUCCAGCCCCUGCUCAGUGCAAGAAUCCUGAGAGCAUCCCGGACAAACACCGGUUCAAUCGUUGAAGAUGGCGACGGAGCCCCGACGGCCUCGCGUGUCGCCACGGGAAAGGCAACGAAUUCGGGGCAGGCAUGCAGCCUUUCCCGGAACAGAAGCGGCAGUGCAAACUGGGCGAUGAAGGGCCCCCUCUUGCCCGUGAGCAGAGACAGGAGGAUCUCUGACUUCCCCAAGUGCUACACCCCCGAGGCCUGUCUCCAGCUCAGGGAGGACUUCCAUGCCCAGGUGAGGGCUGCCUGUCAGCGGAGGAACCCUGGCACAGUUGGCCUGAAAAUCUCCAAAGUGGUUGUGGUGGGAGACCUCUGUGUUGGAAAAACAAGCCUUAUCAACAGGUUUUGUAAAGAUGUUUUUGACCGGGAUUACAAGGCAACCAUUGGAGUGGAUUUUGAAAUUGAGCGUUUUGAGAUUGCUGGGGUGCCAUACAGUCUUCAGAUAUGGGACACAGCUGGCCAGGAGAAGUUCAAGUGCAUUGCAUCUGCUUACUACAGAGGAGCAGAAGUAAUUAUAACUGUUUUCGAUUUGGCUGACAUCCAGACUUUGGAUCACACCAAGCAGUGGCUGGAGGAUGCCCUGCGGGAGAAUCACCCUGGUUCCAGCUUUGUGUUUCUGGUGGGAACCAAGAAAGAUCUGCUGUCCGAGGCUGAGAGUGAGCGGACCGAGCGGGAUGCAGUCCGUCUGGCCAACGAAAUGCAGGCAGAGUAUUGGUCUGUCUCGGCCAAAACAGGGGAAAACAUCAAGGACUUUUUUUCCCGGGUUGCUGUCUUGGCCUUUGAGAAGUCUGUGCUGAUGGAGCUGGAGAAAAGCUGCAGCCGGGUGGUUCCAAUUGGCACAGGAAACUUCAUCAGUAUAGAAGAAAAUGUGGCGUCCUCACAAGGUCCCCGUCCAUCCAACCUGAGCUGCUGCUAAUGGCUGACUGUGGACGCGCUGCAGGUUGCACCCAUCACUCUUUGAAAAGCAAGACAUAACUGAAUUUCAGAGGACCACAAGGAGUGACGCAGAGCCACCCCAGCUGCUCCUGAAGCCCUUCCAAGCUUGGGAGGUUCACGUAGAAGAAAAGAUCUGCCUUUUUCUAGAAAGGUAUAUUCCCAGCCCAGCCUGGUUCCCUCUCCCUGGAAACUCUUCACAUUCCAAACGCACAGAGCUCAUCUCCUGGUUACUUAGAGAUGAUAGAAAGAGACCACAUGGGUUGAAUGGACUAAUUCAGAUGAACAAAUCAAAACCAGGUGAUCUUUCCUGGCAGCUGCAAAUUCUACUUAAGCUGGACUUUUAGUUAAAUGUUAACCAUGACUAAUAGCUGUUAAAACCAGCAGGAGGAAUUUGUACUUAAGAGGGGGAUAUGUGGAGGGAGAAGAGCCUAUAAUCCCUGGCCAUCUCUGAUUUAGGGCUUUUCAUGUGGACUCAGGGCACCAGAGUGUCUUGCCCUGAAUUAUUUGUUUGAAUUACGUGUUAGCUUUGCUUGGAAUUACUGCCAGAGCUCCCUCUUGUAAAAACAGAUCUAUGUUUUCACGUCUAUUGUAGAAUUAAAGACUGUGCUUUAGGACCCAGAGUUCUGUGCUAUAGUAUCUCCCCCAUAGUUCAGCAAAACCUUGGCUUAGCAGUGAUCAGUGAACCCGCCAGUGGGUGGGAACCAGAGGGCUUGGUUCAAGAGGUUCUCACAGUUUCGCUCCAGGGAGACGUCUCUGCUAGUGGUGGAGACUCACGCCUGGUGUUGCGGCUGAACUCUGAAGGAGAAAGAAAGAAACGUCUUUACAACAGCUUGUGCAGGGAGAGCACAGACGUUCCCAGCCCCCUCGCCAGUGUAUGUUAUCUGCAGCACACUGGCAUUCUGAAGGGAGCAAACAAAACAACCUUGGUGCACGCUUGCGCCAGUCAUGGUUAAGUCCCUCCUUGGCUGAAGAGAAAAUUUGUCCAUUCCAGACAAAUGUACAUUUCCUGCUGCCAAAUCGUGCAUAAUGGUAAGUGGCUUUGCUUGCAAAGACUUUCAUAUAUAUAUAUUGUAUUUGUUUUACAAUACAUUAGCUCUUAGUAGUACUGAUUAUGUUUAAGGAGAAGUAAACAG